AUGGGUCCCCUAGAGGUGCUCUCCGAAAUGAGGGCCGUCAACGGCUAUCUUCAGCUCCUCGCGGAGCAGCUGUACGUGUGGGCGGAGACGAGCCCCUCUGCAGCCACAUGUACCUCGCGAUCUCCAACCGUUACCAGCGCGGGGGAAUCCGGUGCGCGCGGCUAUCCUGCGACGCCUGGCGCAACGGACGCUGCGCUGUCUUGGCGUCGGGCUUCGGAGCGCGACGCUUUUUACCUCCUCCAAACAGUCAUGGAAAACACGCGACGCCUCGUCAUCGAGUCUCAGAAUGUGGUGUGGGCUCUCUUGAGUCGCGACACCGCCACGAGCGGCGCCACUUCCGGUCAAGCCUCGUGCGGGAUAAGCUACUCAGAGUCUCCCUUUGAUGCCCCGAAGCGGAGCGUGGAUGCGUGUGUAUACCCGCUCGAUACAGAAGAGCCUCGUGUGUCCCUAAUGCGUGUUAUGCAAGGCUCCCCUUCGCGUGUUGCACUGCCGCCCUCUCUUGCGCGCUCCGACGUGCGGGACACGAGCAGAACUCCUGCGAGUGCUUCCGCCACCCAACCCCGGCUCUCCGAUGACGUCGCGGAGCACCCGAGGCGGCGUCUGUGGCCGGCGGCGCAGUUCUGCUACAUGACGCACGUGGAGUUCAAGCGCGGCCGGCUGCGUCGCUUUCUGAGCCCUGUGACCGUGAAAGCAGGCGCUUACGUCAUUGUGCCUGGAGACCGCGGGUACGACUGCGGGCUCGUGGUGCAAUGUGCUCUGUGGAAUCCUCACAAGCAGGCAUACGACGCGGAUACCAUUCAGUCCCUCGACCCCCGCGUGUUACCGCCAGGAAACGCGGGGCCCAUCAUGGAGGUGAUCCGUGUUGCCACAGACGAGGAGGUGCACCGCCUGCACCGCGAGCACGUGAGCAUGGAGCGGCUGGCACUUACCACGUGUCGCGACAUUGCCGAUCGGCUGCACCUUUCCAUGGAGGUGCUCGACUGCGAGUACCAGUAUGAUGGCACAAAGAUCAGCUUCUUCUUCGACUCUGCCGAGGUGAUUGACUUUCGAGAGCUCAACAAGGAGCUGUUUCGUGUCUUCAACGCGCGUAUCUGGAUGCAGAACACGAAUACGGCAGUGCGCAACGAGGCACCGCGAAAUGUGCGGCCGUCGCGGCGAGCGCACCGCUUGCGCUUCGGCUUCCAAGGUACGUCGUCGGCGCACUAA